AUGGCCGAUUCUGAUUCCGAUCCUGAGCUCCAGGAAGAUCUGAUCGCAACGAGAAACGCUGCAGCUGCUCUCUUCACAUUAUUGACACUCAAUUCGAAAAAGAUCAGAAUCAGAAAUUCCGGUGCUCUUGUGCCUUUAAUGAUACCAGGACUUAACACUCUUGGGAUAUCAUUGGUUCGAAUUGAUUAUGGACCUAACAUGGCUCGUGCCACUGAGAUUCUCAUGGUUUUUGAAGGCACACUCUAUUUCAAUGUGGGAAAAAGCAAGGUUGUUGCCAUUGCUGCUGUGAGCGGCCAGAAUCCAGGUGUUAUUACAAUAGCAAAUGCAAUGUUUGGGUCAAACACAUCCAUUAACACAUAUGUUCUUUCCAAGGCCUUUAAAUUGGACAGAAAAAAUGGUGGAAAGCCUGCAAUCCAAAUUCUGAUGAUACAGCAAAAAUUUUGA